CCUGCAAAUUCAUGUGUGAUGAUAUCUCUCUGAUGCUACUACUAGGUUUCAAUGUCGAGAAAGUUCAAUACAAGAAUGUGAUGUUUACUGUUUGGGAUGUUGGUGGCCAAGAAAAGUUGAGGCCCUUGUGGAGGCACUACUUCAACAAUACUGAUGGCUUGAUCUAUGUAGUUGAUUCAUUGGAUCGGGAGAGGAUUGGAAAAGCUAAAGCUGAAUUUCAUGCAAUAAUCAAUGAUCCUUUGAUGCUUAACAGUGUCAUAUUGGUAUUUGCCAAUAAACAAGAUAUGGUGAGGCAACAAUACGUGGUGUGGGAAACUUCAUGUCUAUUAUCAAACAAGCUGGCAUACAUGGGUCGUAUACUCAUUUCUGUAAUUUCAAAAACAUCAGAUGCUGAUGAGAUGCUGAUGAGAUGUGAAUGGCUGACCUCUGCUUCAGGAGGUGCAUAA